AUGGAACAGCAAUUAACAACUUUGUUUUUGCCCAACAGCCCAAAAGGCGCGAACAAUGAAGAAACCCUAGACGCUUCUUCUCUUCCCUCCACCUCCACCUCCACCUCCACCUCCACCUCCACCUCCACUCAAAGCCAUCGAACCUUCUUCAAAUUCUUCCUUUACUUCUUUCUUAUCGGUUUCGCUUACUAUUUCAUCAUCUCCAGUUUCGCCGUCUCUCCGAUUUCCCCAAAAUUGCCGGAAUCUGCCUCCGGAAACGUUUUAUGGGCAAAGUGUGAUCUUUUCACUGGAGAUUGGGUGCCGGAUCCAUCAGGUCCUCUCUACACCAACCUCUCAUGCCAUCACAUCCAAGAUUUUCAGAACUGUCUGAUGAAUGGACGGCCAGAUGUGAACUAUCUCUUCUGGAGAUGGAAGCCUCGUGACUGCGAUCUCCCUCGGUUCAGUCCAUCGCAGUUUCUCGAAACAGUGAGGAACAAAUGGUGGGCCUUCAUCGGUGAUUCCAUCGCUCGUAACCAUGUCCAGUCUCUCAUCUGCAUUCUCUCUCAGGUGGAAGAAGUGGUGGAAAUCUACCACGAUAAAGAGUUCAGAUCCAAGAUCUGGAGAUUCCCUUCUCACAACUUCACACUUUCGGUCGUUUGGUCUCCUUUCCUUCUCAAAUCCGAAACACCUGGCAACUCCGAUAUCCAGCUUUACCUCGACCAGCUCGACCCAAAAUGGAUCGACCAGUACUCGAAAUUCGAUUACGUUGUUAUCUCCGGAGGCAAAUGGUUCCUCAAAGCAACAAUUUUCCAUGAAAACAACACAGUUACAGGCUGCCAUUACUGCCAAGGUAAAAACAACCUAACCGAUCUCGGCUACGAUUACUCCUACCGCAAAACCUUAAACCUUCUCCGUGACUUCGUCCUAAACUCAAGCCACAAACCGCUGGUUCUGUUCCGAACCACAACGCCUGACCAUUUCGAAAACGGAGAGUGGAACACUGGCGGGUAUUGCAACAGAACGAUGCCGUUUAAAGAAGACGAGGCGAAAUUGAAAACCGUUGAUGAUGAGAUGCGUGAUGCUGAGCUUGAAGUGUUUCAGAACUUCAGGAAAGGUUUGGGUUUAGGUUCCAACUUGAGACUACUAGACACGACUGCGAUGUCUCUUCUCCGUCCGGACGGGCAUCCGGGACCCUACCGGCAUCCGAAUCCUUUUGCUGGAGUUAAGGAUAAGAGUACAGUUCAGAAUGAUUGUCUGCAUUGGUGCUUACCCGGUCCAAUUGAUUCAUGGAAUGAUGUUAUGGUGGAAACCAUACUUAACCGGGAACGGUAUAUUUGA